GAAUUAGUGAGCAUGCGGCAAAAGUGCAAUUUCCAGUGCUUUUAAGGAGGCGUCUAAACGGCAUUUGAAUAAAAUAUUUUGGUGGCUGUUUUGACACUCAGAGAAACCAACGUUUGUGUGUCUAUUACUACACAUCGUGCAUGAAUAUCCAGUACAGUUCUAGGAUUUCGCAUUCUGGAUGUGGGAUACGUAAGGACUUAAAACGGGAUAUUGUUCCACCCUGUUUCCUCCUCUCAUCCUCUGAAUAUGUUGAAGGCCUUGGCUGGAAUCUGUUUGCUUCAUCUGACUACAAUAUUCUUCCUCUUUUGGGCAACUAUAGAUGAUGCAUGGUGGUUCACAAGGACCCUUUACACAGACCUGUGGGGCAGAUGGGUGAUGGAAAACAAUGAUGAUGUCUGGGUGUACAUGGAUAUACCGACCUCAUACAGGAAAGACUAUCUGCAGGCGGUUCAGGCGUUUGCAGUGCUGUCCUGCCUGUUUGCUGUGUUCUCUCUGUGCGUAUUCAUAUUCCAACUCUUUACUCUGGGUAAAGGAAAGCGGUUCACCAUCUCUGGAGUUGUACAGCUCAUCUCCUGUUUCUGCAUAAUGGUGGCUCUGUCAGUCUACACCGAUCACUUUCACAGAGGUGAGAAGGACGGCUGGUACGGCUGGUCCUACAUCAUGGCCUGGUUUGGAUGGCUGCUGACCCUCUUCACGGGAAUUAUGUACAUCGUCCUGCGCAAGAGAGUGGAUUAAACUUGAGCCCUCGCUCCCAGGGCUAACGUACAGCCUCGGAUAUUCCUUUCUUUUGUCAUGCUAACUUCAAUGUGGACUUUGACUAAUUGUACUACUUCAAAGUGUAGGUGCAGUACCUGAAAAUGAAUGAGUUGUCUUGAAUACAGGCCUAUGAUGGAAAUGUAGAAAUGUGCUCUGCAAAUCAUAGCAUCAGCAGUUCAUUUAAACGUUUGAGCAAGUUUAAAAUAGGUGAAAGCCUUAAAGGAGUAGU